AUGGGAUCCAAACCAGUCGUCACACAUCAUGCUUACUCCCUCCACCAGGCGUCAGCUGUCAACCUGCGGCGUUUCAUCGGUUGCGCCGUGCGGGAGUUCACUUUCCUUGCCAGGAAGCCUGGUUGCAAAGGCCUGCACAUCACCACAGACGCCUGCUGGGGGCGCUGUGAGACUUGGGAGAAGCCUGUCGUUGACCCUCCCUUCAUCGAGUCCUACCAGCGGGUCUGUACGUACAACGAGACUCGUCUGGUCACCGUCAAACUGCCCAACUGCCUGCCCAACGUCGACCCCAUGUACACGUAUCCUGUAGCCCUGAGAUGUGACUGUGCUGUCUGUCUGACCAGCACCACCGAAUGCAUCACCUCUGUGUGA